AUGAGUAGUAGUAACUUUCUGUUUCUGGGUAUUACCAUUCUGCUCUUAUCUGGGUUUGUAGCUUCAGCUCCUUCAACGACUUCACCAGCAAAGAUUGUUAAUGGUUUCAUCUCCAAUCACGGCACUUCCCUCAUGAAAUGGUUAUGGUCCUUCAAAACCUCAACCAAAACAGCGGUUUCUGCGAAAUCGAAUGUGAAAUUCGAGAAUGGGUAUAUAGUGGAGACGGUGCUAGACGGAAGCAAACUCGGAAUGGAACCUUACUCUCUCGAGGUCUUACCCAAUGGCGAGCUGCUAAUUCUGGAUUCUGAGAACAGCAACAUUUACAAAAUCGCUUCUUCCUCUCUUUCCCUAUAUAGCAGACCGAGGCUUGUUACUGGCUCCCCUGAAGGAUAUUCGGGUCAUGUGGACGGUAGAUUAAGAGACGCCAUGUUGAACAAUCCCAAGGGGCUUACUGUGGAUGAUAGAGGAAAUAUCUAUGUGGCAGAUACUGUUAACAAUGCUAUCAGGAAGAUCAGUGAAGGAGGAGUCACAACCAUUGCUGGUGGGAAAACAGUUCAUGGGGGAGGUCAUGUGGAUGGUCCGAGUGAAGAUGCAAAGUUUUCGAAUGAUUUUGAUGUUGUUUACGUUGGAAGCAGUUGUUCCUUGCUAGUCAUUGACCGUGGAAACCGAGCCAUUAGAGAGAUUCAGCUCCGUUUCGACGACUGUGCUUAUCAGUAUGGAAGUGGCUUUCCUCUUGGGGUUGCAGUUCUUGUAGCGGCAGGUUUCUUUGGUUAUAUGCUUGCUCUCUUGCAACGUAGGGUCGGUUCUAUCCUUUCUUAUAACACCGAUCAAGAAAUAUAUGAAGCCGUUCCUGAUCAAAAGCCUAUGAAACAAGUCAGGCCACCUCUGAUUCCAGCCGGAGAUGAGCAAGAGAAACAAGAAGAAAGCUUCCUCGUGCCGUUCCAGGUAUUCAUGUCGAAUGCUCGGUUGUUUUUAGCGGAGCUGUGGAGUGGAAUGUUCCCUGGUCUCGGAAAGAAGCAACGAGUCAGCUUCAACUUCAACCUCAACCAUCAAGCAACAGAGCAUUCUGGUUUUAGCACAGCUCCAUGGCCGCCGAUUCAAGAGAGCUUUGUGAUACACGAGAAAGAUGAACCACCUCCCGUCGAGUCCAGGAAUCCCACUCCCAAGAAAACUUACGCUUUCAUGUCCAAAGACGCAGAGAAAAUGCAACAGCUGCGCCAGAGCCGUGCUUUGUACAGAAGCUUGGACCCUGAAUUCCUCCAGGUGCAGCAGCAGCAGCAGCAACAGAAGCCACAGCAACGGAAGCAGCAGCAUCACCGUAGGCAGCACUCAACGAUCCCACACACUGUUUAUGAGCAGAGCAGUGAGAAGACUGAGUUUGUGUUUGGGCCAGUCCAGGAGCAAGAUCGGAGGCGUGUGGCAGCAGAAGCUAAUGCUAAUACUCAUCAGAAUAUUCACUACAGAGCACACCAGUUCGUGAGUUACCCAUAUGGUUACUAUUCCUAUACAUGA